AUGACCGACCCAAGCUCCAUGACCGCAGCUCAGCGGGUGCUCUCCACCGCAGAGCUCAUCGCCGAAAUCGUUCACUAUUUCGUGGGUAUCCGGAGAACCAUACUUUUUGGCCUUCCCAUGGAAUUUGAAGACUGCAAGUCGCUUCUUCGAUGUAGCCGGGUCAACACGCUCUGGUUCGCCCAAGUCAUGCGCUUCUUCUGGCAAGCUCCGACUAUUCAACAGGCACUCCCAAUAAGCCUCCAUGGCUACGUGGCAUUCGGAUGUACCUUCAAGACGUCGCUUCUCCAGCGAUUCAGCGAGGUCAAUCCUGAUCGCCGCCAGUUCUAUGCUGACUUCGUUAUUGGAACCAAUAUGAUGGCUGUUCGCCAGGAGGGCUUGAGGAUGGCAAACAGAGUCCUUCAGGGUAUCACUUUCCCCAAACUUGGCAUGAUGUGCCUAUACCUGAAUCAGCACGACAAUUGCAUUUACUUGCCGCACCUCGAUGCCCCCAGCAUUACGUAUGUGCAUGUCCACGCGUACAAAUUCCGGCUGGGUCUCUCGCACCACUUUGUGGCAUGGAAGCCGGCCCGAAGUCCCUUCAAACGCGAGUCAAUCUGGCGUCUUGCUACCAUUCUCAAGGUUUGUCUUCAGGGUCGAUCUGGGUCGAGCAGGUCCUGA